UAAAGGUGUCAUGCUGUAACAGUAUAUAUCAGUCUGGAUUUUUUGGCUAGUUCACUAUCGCCCUUCUUGCUUUGCACGGAACCCGACACAUGAACUGAUUCAUCUAACACAGUUACAAUGAAAAGGAACAGCGUUUAUAAGUUUUUGUCAGUAUUCUCUUGUCUAUUAGUUUGUGUUUUCCUUUUGUUUUGGGUUUUUGUCUUUUAUUCGAUGGUUUUGGCACCCUAAGGCUUUUUCUUUGGACACCAACGCAGCACAAGAGGAUCUGACGCCCAUCUAAACCGUUUAAGCGACUGGUUAACGUUAUUUGACAACAUUUCCUCAGCGGGAUGAUAUGAUGCUUCAAAGCAUUUAGCAGAAAAGCGUGUAUGCUAACACCGACUAAGAUUAGAAAGCGUUUUUUAACAUGUCAAAAUAGUAAAUAUUAAGCUUUAACCAGUUGUAGCACCAGCGAAAACGCCACCACGGCUGGCUUCCAUUCUGUCGGUACCUGUUUCUUAUUAAAUUAAUUUUAAAGUAAUUUGUGAAGCGUUAGCUCUGCUACGAAACCAAAACAAACCGACUGCGCAUGCGUGCACGCUGACAGUGGUCACAUGACCUCAACCAGGAAGCGCUCGUCUGGAAUCCAAAGCAUCGGUCCUGAUGGAAGCCGAGUCGAGUCCUGCCCUAAAGCUGCAGUUCGCCCCCUUCUGCAGUGCCCUGGAGGCCGGAUUCUGGCAUCAGCUCACACAGAAGAAGCUCAACGACUUCCGCUUAGACGAGAGCCCCAAAAUCAUCAAAGGUUACUACUAUAACGGUGAUCCUGUUGGCUUGCCGACACGCCUGACACUGGAGUUCAGCGCAUUUGAUGUUGAUGGAGCCACACCGGCUCGCUGCAGUGCAGCCUCUGGGACUCUGUACAACACCAACACACUAGAAGCCUUCAAAACCACCGACAAGAGAGCUCUCCUGGAUAAAGCAGCCAAUGAGAUUUGGAGCGCUAUUCAGUCAGGCGCUGCGCUGGAAGACUCCUCAAUAUUAAACAAAUUCAUCCUCUUGACAUUUGCGGAUCUGAAGAAAUAUCAUUUCUAUUAUUGGUUCUGCUUUCCUGCCCUUUGCUUUCUGGAGGGGGUCCGGCUGGAGCAGGAGCCGGUGUCAUUAGAGCGCAGCUUCUCUGCCAAACAGAUAUUAAGCUUGCAAACGGCGUAUGAUGAUCUCUGCGUCUCAAGUGGAACGACGGCAGUCCCACAUUUUCUGCUCAAGUACACAGAAGAAAGUGUUGAAGUCGCUCCUCUAAAAGACUUGCACUCCUUCUUCCCAGACCUAAAGAAGAUUACUGUGGGCGUGUAUGACCCCUGCACGCUUCCUCAACAUCCAGGCUGGCCUCUCAGAAACCUUCUCAUCCUCCUCGCAAAACAAUGGGGUUCACAGCUGGAUGUGCUGGAGGUCCUGUGCUUCAGAGACAGCACUCUACAAGGGAGCCGCUCCAUUCGGCACAGCAUCAUCUUUCGGGUCAAGCUCCCAGACCUCACGGCUUCUGCAGUAUGUCCAAAGAGUGUGGGUUGGGAGAAGAACGCUAAAGGAGCGAUGGGACCUCGAAGUGUCAAUCUCAGUGAAUGCAUGGACCCUAAAAGGCUUGCCGAGUCUUCUGUCGAUCUCAACCUGAAGCUGAUGCGUUGGAGGCUGGUCCCGUCUCUGGAUCUGGAUAAGGUCGUGUCGACAAGGUGUCUGUUGCUGGGAGCUGGGACCCUGGGCUGCAAUGUGGCAAGAACACUGAUGGGCUGGGGUGUGAGGCACAUCACUUUUGUGGACAACGCGAAGAUCUCCUACUCGAACCCAGUGCGACAGCCGCUCUAUGAGUUUGAAGACUGUCUCAGUGGAGGGAAAGCUAAAGCUCUCGCCGCGGUGGACAGAUUAAAGAAGAUCUUUCCUGGCGUGAUUGCAGAGGGCUACAACAUGAGCAUCCCAAUGCCAGGCCACCCAGUGAACUUUUCCGAGCUGACAAUGGCUCAAGCCCGGCAGGAUGUGGAACAGCUGGAGAAGCUUAUCUCUGAAAACGAUGUGGUCUUCCUGUUGAUGGACACUCGUGAGAGCCGCUGGCUUCCGACAGUCAUCGCUGCUAGCCAGAGAAAGUUGAUAGUUAACGCUGCUCUAGGAUUUGACACGUUUGUGGUAAUGAGACACGGCCUUAAGAAACCCAAAGAGUCUCAGUCUGAAGAGUCCAGCCCCAUGUCUGCUUCCUCCAACUCCUCGUCUUCCUCCACACCAGCAGCCACCAUCACACCAGGAGCGUCUCUGUUCUCCAACAUACCUGGACAUCGUCUCGGCUGCUACUUCUGUAACGAUGUGGUCGCCCCUGGAGACUCCACCAGAGACAGAACUCUGGACCAGCAGUGCACUGUGAGCCGUCCUGGUCUGGCCAUGAUCGCCGGAGCCCUGGCCGUGGAGCUGAUGGUCUCUAUACUCCAGCACUCAGAGGGAGGUUACGCUGUGGCCAGUAGCAGUGAUGACCGGAUGAAUGAACCCCCGACCUCUCUGGGUCUCGUCCCCCAUCAGAUUAGAGGAUUCCUGUCAAGAUUUGACAACGUUCUUCCUGCGAGCUUGGCAUUCGACAAAUGCACUGCAUGCUCACCGAUAGUUCUUGACAAUUAUGAGCGAGACGGUUUCCAGUUCCUGGCCGAGGUCUUCAACUCAUCGCAUUCGUUCCUGGAGGAUCUGACCGGCUUGACUUUACUCCAUCAGGAGACUCAGGCGGCUGAGAUCUGGGACAUGAGCGACGACGAGAGCAUCUGAAGAAACCGCUGGAGACACAGAAUGAAGCUCCUUUAACUGGCAGCUCGUCUGUGCUCUUAUAUUGGUUUCUCAGACAGUGACCUCACUGCACAAUGACCCGUCAUCAUAUACUUGUUGAAAUAUGUCUUAACCAUUCACAUGAAAUCACAUUAUAGCUGUCAGAGCUUGUCUGUGUCGGGAUAGACACCAGAGAUCUGCUCUGGUCUAGACAUCGAGUCCAGCGUUGAGCGGUCUUAAAAAUUUAAAAUGUAAUUUACACACCCUCA